AUGUAAAAAUUUAAAUUCUUUAUUAAGCCAUUAUUGAAUUGCAAACAAUUGUUACUUUAAUUUCAGAGGAAACCUAAAAUACAGUUAUAGUAAACUAAAAUCCUCUAGUUCUUAAUGGAAAUGAGAUUAUGUGGGAAAUAAAAAGAAGAACAAAAUCAGUUUUUAAUUAAUGCUUUAAUAUUAAACUAGCUUUAGAGGAUUACCUUGUAGAUUAUAUUUAAUUUGAAUAAACUUAUUUUUAAAUAAAUCCUUUAAGAUUCACUUCGGAUCUCUAAGGUUUGUUUUAAAACUAAUUUAAUGACUCAACUUUGCAAAUAUUUUCAGAGAAAUACUACCAAAUAUAAUUAAAAAAUUCUUGUUAGAAUAGAUUAAUAUCAUAUGAAAAUUUUUAAUCUUUUUAUGGCACAAAAUUUGGAUCUUAUUAAUUUUGUUCAAAUACUACAUAAUUUUUAUCUGAAUAUGAAAUUUAAUGUGGAAUUAGAACAAUUUCUGGGAAAUUUAAUUAGUGCAAUCUCAAUAGAGUACAAAAUAACGAUACUAUAGAACUAACUAGCGAAUGUAAUAAGUUUGGUGAUAUUUUCCUCUUAACCUCAAAAAAUUUAGUUUUGUAAAAUGUAAACAACUCAAUAAAUUAAUGACCUUAUCUUAAAAUUGAUUCCACAUCUGAUAAUCAAUUGGUUUUACAAAUCAGUACUAGCUCUUUAUCAUUCAUAUUUAUAGCCAUCUAUAUCGUUUAUACAUAUAAAGAUUACAAAGAAGACUGUGAGAGAUCUGAUACUGAAUAAAGGAAUUUGAGUCCCCAGAACAUUUUACAGAAUAGAAAUUUUAUAUAUUAAGGUAAUUCUAAGGUGUUCAAGGAAAGAUUUAAGGUACAAUUGAAUAAUUAUUUUAGUAAAUUCAUUAAACUAUUUCACUAUUUAACUAUAAAGACAAAAGUAUUGAACAUAGCUAUCGAAUUUUAGAAGUACUCUCUUAAUUAAAUUUAUUUUUAACUUUAACAAUCCUUGAAUUUUAGAUGUUAAACAAUUAAAUUCUUUUCAUUUUUUUAUUCAUUAUUAUAAACCCACUAAUCAUUUUUAUAAUGAGAUUUUUUACAAGAUAAUUGAGCUAUAUAUAGAUUCAAAAGGAUUGCUGCUUUCAUAAGCCAGCUUCUUCUUAUUAUAUUCUUGAUGACACCUUAUAUAACUAUGUACGUUUUUUACUUACUGAAGUAUUAUUUAUACUAUUUUAGAAUAAAAAUGCAAUCAGAAUAAUAUAAAAUUGAAACAAUCUUUGGAGGCAAUAUAAUAAUAUCCCAAGUACUUUUAGAAUCUCUAACUAUUUUGGAAGAAUAAUCAUUUAUAGAUUAAUAGCCACAAGUUUGAAAAACAUGGAUCUUAAUCCACUAUAUCAUUUUAGGCAUUUUUUUGUAAUGCAUAGCAGUUUAGAAGAAAUAUUUGA